GGUUUGUUUAGUUAGAAGGGUGGUCCUUUCCUCCGCCAGACAUGAAAGCUAUAAGACUCCCGCAGUGCCUGGAGAGAGAAGGAGAUCACUGCAGACGGACAGAGGAACGCCAGACGUGUGUAUUUCAUCCAGCCGAUCAUUUCCGAGGCGCUGUGAGAGCGAGAGGAUGUCCGCGGCUGUGACUCUAGCGCUGCUCUUCUUCUCGUCCGUGGCACUGAAUGGACAGGUGGAGGCCUGCAGCUGUGCUCCAGGACACCCUCAGCAGCUCUUCUGCAUGUCUGACAUAGUGAUGCGAGCUGAGGUAACUGGGGAGAAGAUCAUACCCAGCGAUGAAAAUAUACCCGGCAUGGGAAGAAUUCAGUAUGAAAUACAAGUGAUAAAGGUGUUCAAGGGGUUUGACAGAAUUAAUGAAAUUAAGCAUGUCUACACGAAUGAGAUGUCUUCGAUGUGCGGGACCAGACUGGGCCACGGACAGUAUCUGCUUUCAGGAAGCAUCACGCCCGAGGGAUUCUUCGUUUCAAUGUGCGACUAUCUUGAGCUCUGGGACAAACUCUCCAUGAUGCAAAAAGAGAACCUCAAAUACAGAUAUCUGAUGGGCUGUACCUGCAUGAUCUCUACCUGCAUUGAAAAGCCAUGUCAACCCAGCGCCAAAAACGAGUGUAUACUGACAGACUGGUCGUCCUUAUGGCCGUUUGAGGACGGGGAAUCUGCUCACGAGUCUGCCUGCAUCAGACACGGCGACGGCUCGUGCGGCUGGUAUGAGGGGACUGGAAAGCCUUCUGAAAAUGACACCGUGGAUGUGUCUGAAGUCUGACGGCCAAGAGCAGGAGUGCUUUCUUGCUGUAAGAGAAGCUCGAUGCUGUCCAAGAACAUCAGACGCGAGCACAUGCGAGCCCGUUAACCUGCUAGACUAACCGUAGAGCACCGUAACCAACACCGCUUAUCAACCGCACAGACCACCCAAUACCUGCCUAGCCAGCACCUGACUGGGCGACCACCUAGCAACCACUCAGAACACCUUAGAAACCACUUAGCAUUUCUCAAAAACCACCAAGAAGCAACAUUUUAGCAACCUACAUACUCUUCGAAGUAAUUCGUACACAAAAAAAGAGGCUGCCAUAAGUGUGUGACUGCAUCACUAAUUAAUGAUGUGGUCUAGCUUUGCCUGGCUAAACUACACUUUACAUUAUACAUAGCAGUGCUGGAUUAUUAGCAUGUCAUAUUUAUGCAACAGUAUGAUGACAUAUCCUUUACAGUGGAUACAAAUCACUUGAUUUUCUAUUUAAAAAAGGAAUAAAGAGAAGUGAAAAAAAUCAGU